UUCCGCGCGACUCGAUAACAAUUUUAUCCUUAAAAUAAUUAUUUAAAACUAUUUGCGCUAAGCUCUUAUCACUUAUACGAGUAGGUAGGUGUGUCAACCUACUCGCUUAGAGGAUAACGCACGGUCAAAAUAUCUAUCAAAGUUUAAUUCAGUAAGUAACUAGACCUACACUGAGCUUGGUAGUAACAACAACUUGAUUAUAUUCAAAAUUAUUGGAGACAGUAAAAUACAGUACUCACUAGAACUUCAUUGAGUGUUUAACAUCUUCAAUCAGUUGUUACAGUAUUCGAGCAGCAGCCGAGAUGUACGGGUACUCAUCCUUGGAUACGUGGGAGUCGAAGGAUUUUGAGAAUAUGGAAAAUCGAGUAGCAGCCGAGAUGUACGGGUACUCAAACUCGGAUACGUCGGAGACGAAUGUAUAUGAGAUUAUAGGAAUAAUAUUAACCUUUGGGUGCACAGUGACCAUGAUUGUAUUGGUGAAAUGCUGUAUCUACCGCUGCUGCAAGUCCAAAAAAAAGACGCGAACGCUUCCACUGCACCAGCCCAGGUCGGGGACCACCACCAAUGGACAACCAACCUCGCACCUAACCUCUGCCAAUGGAAUAACUCAGGGGGUCUCCUACCCGCCAAAUACAACGCAUCCUCCGCUGCAGCCCAGUUCGGGGGCCACCACCCUACCUUACCCUAACUCUAUGGGGUAUGUACAGAAACAGGCCCAUUAUACGCAUGGGCCAAAUCCAAUGCAGAUGCCCCAACCCAACUUCGCCCAACGCACCCGUCUAUUGGCCGCCAACUAAAACUCAACCACCGCUGUACUACCAUCCUGAUUCUGGGACCACCGCCAUUCCCCUCCCUUACCAUAACUCUGCGGAGUAUAUGCGUGGAUAACAACCCUCACACACCUCUGCCAACGAUGAGUGAAGACCCAGAAGAAGAACCAGUGACUAGUUAAGUUGGUAAUUACUGAAAUUGUAUAUCAGAAAAUAAAUAAGCUGACUUUGAAAUAGA